AUGUUUCUUGGCUAUGGGGUCAAUACGAAGGGCUAUCGCGUCUAUGAUCUGGAGCUAAAUAAAGUCAAGAUAUCAAGAUCAGUGAAGCUCGACGAACGCGAAGUGAAUGGAAUUUAUAGCACGUCGACGAUGACAGAAAAGACUGAAGUCAUCAACGUGAUAAAGGACAUCGAAGAAGUGGCUCAGCCGGAAAAUGAGAAGGAACAUCCUGUGGAGGAUGAACCAAUGGAAUCUACAGCGGACCCAUUUGAAGACGUCGAGAUGCAAGAAGAUGAACAUGAGCCUAUAUCAUCAGGAAGAGAAUUAACGACAUAUCAUCGACAACAUGAGUUAACAGUAAACGGUGACAUGGUUUUCAGGCCCGAAAGGGAACGAUCUCGACGUCCAAGAGAACUAUCACUUCUUCUUGGGAAUGGAUUGAUUAUGGCUGACGAGAACACAAUGGAUAGCGACGAUGAUCCUGACAAUGACGAUCAUUUCUAUCCGCCGUCACCCAAACGACCUCGUAUUGAUGAAGAUAACCUGCUUGCAGAAGCUGUACUAGCAUAUGCGGCAAGUAUUGGUGAUGCAAAUGAUGCACCGACGACAUAUCAGCAAGCCAUGGACAGCGACGAAGUCAAGGAAUGGGUGAAGGCUAUGAGCGCUGAGCUUAAAGCUCAUUCAGAAAAUGGUUCAUGGAGUCUUGUCCCGAAGAUGAAGAACGUCCGAAUAAUCGGAUGCAGGAUUCAAGCAGAAGUUCGGUGUCGAUUUUUUUGA